ACUUACCUUCACUUCUAUUAUCUUUAUUCCCUAUAUCUCUUCCUCCUCCCCUACUUCACCUUACUCACUAUUCUCCUUUUAUUCCUUACUUAUACCCCCCCAACCUACCUUCUAUUUACUUAUCUUUCCUUAUGUACACCUAUAUCACUAUCUAACUAUUAAUCUGUCUUUCAAUAUCACUUCCUUACCUCUCCCCUAUCACUACUUAUUUACUUAUACUUCCCUAUCCCCCAUUCUCUCUUGCAUUCCUUACUUACUUUAUUACCUAUACUUACUAGUUAGUCUCUUACCUUAUUUCUCUUACUUAUUAUUAUAUUUAUUACCCUUCCUUACAAUCCUUACCCUACUUACUUCACUUAGUGCUUAA